CGCCCAAAAUGGCGGCACGAUUGAAAAGUUUGAUGCUGUUUUUGUUCUAGUUUGAAGUUUAUUUAUUUAUUUUUUUUUAACUUGUUCUCCUUUAGUUCUUGCACAAGUGCCUGUCCUGAAGCGAAUAACGAAGGGUGUUCUCUUAAUGUAUCGCCAUGAAUCAGUGAUAAUAAGUGAUACUGCGGUUUUAUUUCAGUUUGUAGAGGUUCACUGCUCAGAUUAACGUUACAGAGAGAGAUAGAGACACACACACACACACACACAGACACAGACAGAGAGAGAGCGCACUGUUACUGAAGCCAUAUAUCCAAUUAAACAUGAAUAGCACUUGUACAUAGAGAUGGGGGAUGAUGAAAAGAAACUAAAAAAGAGUUUCUAGUGAGAAACCAUGGAGACAGAGCCGGGUAUCGUGUCUCCGUUUAAGCGUGUGUUUCUGAAGGGGGAGAAAGGGAGAGAUAAGAAAGCUCAGGAGAAGUGCACCGAACGACGGGCUCUUCACACCUUUUCACUGUCUGUCCCUGACCACCGGAUUGACCCAGACAUUCUGCUCAACGAUUACAUUGAGAAAGAGGUUAAGUAUCUAGGGCAGCUGAGCUCAAUCCCAGGAUACCUCAAUCCCUCUAGCCGCACUGAAGUUUUACAGCUGGUUGACAAUGCCAGGAAAUCUCACCAGCUGGCAGGUCAGCUGACAUCGGAGCAAGAUGCCUUGGUCAGUCUGUCUGCCUACAACAUCAAACUGGUGUGGCGUGAUGGAGAGGACAUCAUCCUGAGAGUACCUAUCCAUGACAUUGCUGCCGUUUCCUAUAUUCGAGAUGACUCCCUGCACCUGGUCAUUUUGAAAACAGCCCAAGAGCCUGGAGGUUCACCUUGUCCCAGCACAUGUCCGGAGCUGUCGAAGUCACCUACUCUGAGCUCUUUGUCGGAGAGUGGAGCCGUGGACAUUUGCUGCCUACUCGUGCUGGCCGUCGAGAACAAGGCAGCAGCAGAGGAGCUGUGUCUGCUCCUCAGUCAGGUCUUUCAGAUAGUCUACACAGAAUCUACUAUCGACUUCCUGGAUAGAACCAUCGACUUUCUCGAUGGAGCUACAACACCCACUCGGCAUCUCUCCCUCUACAGCGAUGACUCCUCAAGCAAGGAUGUUAAAGAGCCAUUUCAAGGAAGCUCAGGUGCAUUCUUGUUUCAGAGCUCAUUAGAGGCAGUAGGUCAUUCUCCGUGCUCAUCACCAUCAUCCACACCAGCAUCACCACAGGACAAAACAGCCAGUGAGAGUGAACUAAGCACAACAGCAGCAGAACUGCUACAGGACUACAUGACCACGUUGAGAACAAAAUUGUCCUCUCAAGAGAUUCAGCAGUUUGCUACACACUUGCAUGAGUACAGAACCGGUGCCUCUAUCCACGAGUUCUGUAUCAACCUGAGACAGCUCUACGGAGACAGCAGAAAGUUCCUCCUACUCGGCCUUAGGCCCUUCAUCCCAGAGAAGGACAGUCAACACUUUGAGAACUUUCUAGAAACCAUCGGCGUGAAGGAUGGCCGAGGCAUCAUUACUGACAGCUUUGGCCGCUACAGACGUACAGCCAGUUCAGCUUCUGACUCAACCACCAAUGGCAAUGGGGCAGCAGGAGGAUCAGAUGAAGGGGCCGUGUCCUCUGAGGGUGAUGAGUGGGACCGCAUGAUCUCAGACAUCAGCAAUGACAUCGAAGCAUUAGGGUGCAGUAUGGACCAGGAUGGUGUGUCAACCUGACUGAAAAAAAACUCUGUGUGCUUAAGCCCACUGUCUCCACUUGAUAUAUUGACUAUUACAUAGUCCAUUGGUUCAAGUCAAAUGAUGCUGGAAUGUCAAUAUUAUGCCACCUCAGUUUAAUCCUGGCUUUUAUGUAUUGCUGUGACCACAUUUCAGUCAUUCAACUGAAUGAUGGUGCUUUUUGAGACACUUGAAGUGCACGAGGACAUUCUGUAUCUGUGCACGCCACAGAUGAUGCUUUCAUAAGUGUUUAUUGGCAGUAUCUGCUAUCAUUAAUGAGACAGUAACUAUGUAGGCUGAUCUGAGACCAGCAUUUAGCUUUCUUUUAUGAAGGUGUUAGGAUAAUCACAAGAUUUGUAACUCCAUUUUAUUUCUCAAGCACUCACAUUUAAGAAUCAUGCAAAAAAAAAAAAAAUUGAAGUCAAGUGGUAAUACUGUGACUGAUGAGACACAAAGAGAACUGGAAAUGCUAUAUUUUUUAUGAAGUACAUUAAAAUGAUUCACAUUAGUCUGAGGAUUCUGUGCUAAUUCAUAUACAUUGAUUUUUAUAUGAAAUCAAGGCAGUCACUUGGGUAUCUUCAGUAUCAAAGGCAGAUUUUUUUUUUGUUACAGCAUGAGCAUUUUGGGGGUGUGUUGGUGCUGAAGAUAAAAGCAUUAUAAAAGAUCAGUGUUUCCAGAGAGGUGUUUAUUCCUGGUCAAUUUAGCAGCAUUUUGACCCCUGAAUCUCAACUGCUACACAGUAUAUUGUGAGAUUAAAAGAUUGGGUGUCUACCUGAAGUUAUAUGUUUAGCCAAGUGGCUUUCUCAGAUUCAGUUUGGGUUUCAAUAAGCAGUUUAGCUUAACUUCCAAUUCAUCAAGUGUUUUUAUUGCUCUCAUUGUAUUAAUUGUUUGAUGUGUUAUUUUCAUUUUUACUGCAUAACAUUUAAGCACAUUUUUAUUAUUACAUAUUUACAACUAGCACUAGUUGUUACCCCAAUACCCCAUGAUUGAUUUGCAGUGCACCAGGUAGUGAACGUAGCUUUAUACAGUUGUUAAUUUGGGCUAACAACUUGGAGUAUUUAGAUAUUUGACAAGGCCAACUGGCUGGCUGAUGGUGUUUGUUGUUUUGUUUGUGCAAAUAUGUCAUGUUAUAUGUUGUAGCCUUCAGUUUUUUUGUAGCCUGAAAUUGUGCCUUGCAGAUCAACUGCUUAUUAUAUCAUCCAACAGAGAUGUAAGAAUCAUUCUGUAAUCUGUACAGACUGUGACCAACGAGUUGUAUUAAAUAUUAUGUUUAGUAUUCA